CACAGAUCCCAUAUAUAGUAGCACUGCUGCCGUUUUGAGAGAUAUCAUUCCAGGACAACAGAUGAGCUGACACACUUGAAUUGUGAAUUUCAGACCUAGUCAUGGUCUUAGAAAAAGAGACUCUAAGGCUUGUACUUGUGGGUAAAACUGGAGCAGGAAAGAGUGCAACAGGAAACACCAUACUGGGAAAAACAGAGUUUGAAGAAAAAAUUUCACUAACAUCAGUGACUGAAAAAUGUAAGCGGUGUUCUGUACAUUUGGAGGGUACAUCAAUCAUUGUGAUCGAUACCCCAGGUCUGUUGGAUGCAACCAGUAGUGAAGAACAGGGGAAGCAGGAGAUAGAGAAAUGCAUCCACAUGUCUCUUCCUGGGCCUCAUGCGUUCCUGCUGGUGAUCCGGCUAGGUAGAUUCACAAGGGAGGAGGAGGAUGCUGUCAAGUGGAUCGAAGAAAACUUUGGAAAAGAUGCUUCAAAAUAUACCAUUGUUCUCUUCACUGGUGGAUAUCAGCUGGAGAAACAAUCAGUGGAGAAGUUUGUGAAUGAAAGUGAUUCAUUGAAGUGUGUCGUUGAGAGAUGUGGAGGAGGCCACCACGCCUUCAAUAAUAAAGAGAAGAACAACCGAAAUCAGGUUAACGACCUCCUGAAGAAGAUAAAGGACAUGGUGGAGUCGAAUGGAGGGCAACACUACACCAGUGACAUGUACAAGGAGGUUCAGAGAAAGAUUCAAACAGAAAAAUGCCUCACAAAAGUUGGAGAAUGUGCUUUAAUUGUUGUAGCGGCAGCAGGUCUAGCAGGUGGAGUACUGGGAAUAGGAAGAGUAGCAGCAGCAGCAGCAGAAGCAAUGGGAGCAACAGCAGGGGCAGCAGGAGCAGCAGGAGUAGUAGUGGGACUAGGAGCCGCACUAGCUGCAGCAGGGGCAGCAGUAUUAGGGACCAGAGAGGGAGAGAGAGAGAGUUUUUCCACAGCGUAA